UGUAAUAGACAUUUGUUUCCACCCGGCGGUUUUGAAUGUAACACUCCUAUGCGCUCUGGGGUGUGUUGACUGCUGUUUAUUCUUUUGCAGGCGGACUAAAACAGACAUUAACACUAAUAAUGGAUGAUCAGGGAUGCCCGAGGUGCAAGACGACCAAAUACAGAAAUCCAUCUCUGAAGCUGAUGGUGAAUGUGUGCGGACACACGCUGUGUGAGAGCUGUGUGGAGAUGCUGUUUGUCCGUGGCUCAGGUAACUGUGUGCAGUGCAACACUCCGCUCAGAAAGAGUAAUUUCCGCGUACAGCUCUUCGAAGAUCCAGCCAUCGAUAAAGAGGUGGAGAUCCGCAAGAAAGUUCUCAAAAUCUAUAAUAAGAGAGAAUUUGAUUUUUCCUCUCUGAAAGAAUAUAAUGACUACCUAGAGCAAGUGGAGGACAUUGUGUUUAACCUGACUAAUAACAUAGAUGUCGAAAGGACCAAGCAGAUUAUGGAACAGUACCAGCGGGAUAACAAAGACAUUAUACAGAAAAACAAAGCCAAACUAACACGUGAGCAGGAGGAGUUGGAGGAGCUGUUGUUACAGGAGCAGCAGGUUUCUGAGCAAAGGAGACUGGAGACCCUUCAGGAGGAACAGAGACAACUACAGGCCAAGAGGAAAAACAAACAGGCCCUGCUGGAUGAACUGGAAAUUUCCAAGUUACCAGCUGCUGUGCUGUUGGCCCAACAUAAAGAUCGAGCUGUUCAACUGGAGACACAGAUAGAAAAACAAAAGCAAAAUGUCAAGCCAGCAAACAUCUUCUCUACUGGAAUAAUGAUGGGUCAGACUGUUUCUUUUGCUUCCGUGUCUCGCGUAGAGGAGGUGUUGUACGUCUAUCAGCCUCUGUGCAUUGACACAUAUGGGCCGCCCGUUCCAGAACUGGAUCAAUUGGGCCGAUUAGGAUUCAGUCUUUUGAAGUCGAGAGCAGACAAGUCUCUGAGUGUUUGUGUGUAUGUGUGUGUGUGUCUGUGUGUGUGAGGUUGACAGAGAGACAGAUUGUUUUUUGCUAUUUGUCUUAGUGUAUUUUGACAGUGAGUUAGUGGAGAUUUAUGUUGGACUGGUUUGUGUUUUUGGAGGGUCAUGUAUGUAUUCACUUCCUCCUCACCCUCGGGGCGAACCCCGUCCUUUGUGCCCCCCGUUCUGUACCUGUAUAAAUACAGAUUGGGUGGGGCAUUUUAUUAAAGACAGCUGUGUGCGAUUGCGUCUUGAAAAGAGGUGAUUGGGUUGAAGUUUUCUUUCUUUCACACAAAAUGUCUUCAAGUGUGGUCAGCUGCAUGUGUGUAAUGUGUGCAUAUUGUUUGAAUAGAGGUUUUUUUUGUUGUUGUUGGGGGUGGGGGGUAACUAUAUGCCUUAAUAUGUUCAUCUUCUCUUACAAUAUUGCAUAGAAAUAUAUUUCAAGUUUUGGCUUUACAAGUCUCCCUUCAUGGAUCAGUAAUCUUCCCAUCAAACCAUCUCAGGACACACAAACACAUAUUCAGUCAGUGAUGAGUGAUGUCUCUGGUGAGUUUUGAGACGUGUCUGCAGAGAGUUGGAUAAGGUAAUUAGUUUAAGAGGCAUUUGUUAUUGGACAGGACACAGCUUGUAUGCGAGUCUGUGUUUGUUUGGGUUCAGUAAAAUGUUUUAAAAGAAGUCUCUAGUGCUAACCAAGGCAUUUAUUAGAUGAAAAAGUAAAUGGUAAUAUUAUGAAAAAAAUUAAAUAACCGUUUUAAUAAUAAUAUAUAUAUAAAAUCUCACCUAUUUCUUUGAUAGCAAAGCUGUUUUGUCAGCAGCCAUUACUCCAGCCUGUGUCCUAAACUCUCUGAAACAUGCUAGUGAAAAUGCUUCUAUUUUGCAUUAUUUAAAAAUGUUAUGCAGAAUUUAUU